AUGACUGACGGUGAUGCUUCCGAAAACCCAAGAGAAGGAUUACUCGAUGACUCCGACUUCGAAGAUUUGUACGACAACCCGACUGCUGGACAGACUUCAUCCGUCCACUACUGGUUUGGCAAACGACUCUUCAAACAGAUCCUUGCUGAGAAGGUGUUUCGCAAUGCUACAGCUUCUGAAACGAGCGAUGGUCUAGAUGCAAUGCUGCUACAGGCGGUUGCGCAGUACCCAUACGGCGAUCGAAUACGCCACAUUUCUUCCAUCCCGUCAGCUCAGAGUGUCUACAUGGACCCAGGAGAAAAUACCGCUGACUUUCGAGCAUUUGUGACUGAACUCGCCGCAGUAUUUCUGCGGAGCAGUGUCGAGGUCAGAGUCCACGUCACUUCCAUCGUGCAAGAUGGUGUGGAAAACCCUCGACAGCCGUUGCCAAGUCGUCCAGCAGCGCAGCCUCUCAGUACUUCGGCAGCAAGACUUCAGCAACCGAUCAACCGUGUGUUGCAAAACAACGAUGAUCAACUACUCGAGCGCCCUCGUUACACGACAGCUCUCAAAGAAUAUGGUGACCAGAAUCGGGUCGAUGUCAGAUGGAUGAACAAGCAGGUAUCAGUGUCUCCUCUUUGCUGGCAGGUCGCAGCGAUAGUGGACGGUGCGACCUUUCGAGCUACCGCAGGCAACACAAGAGAAGCUAAACAUCGAGCUUCGCAGAUCGCAUGCGAAGCUCUUGGGAUAGCGCUCUAG